AAUAUUUACUACAAAUAGUGAUCCUAUAGUUGCAAUCGAACUUCCAAAAUUAUAUACCUGGGAUUUUAAAACUGAAGAUUACAAAUUAAUUCUUAAUAAAAAUAGUCAAAUUACAAAUAAUUAUAAGGGCAGUAUUUUUGUGUGCUAUGAAAAUACAUACGAAGCUGUGUAUAAAGCUAAAAGUGCAAAUGUAAAAGCUCCAAAAAUUGUCACUAGAAGAACUCCAAAAAGAAGAAAUC